AUGGGACACGGAGACUGGACGGGGGAAAUAGAACCAAGGAAGAAGGCACGAAGGAGACGAGGUAUCCGUGGUACCUACCUUACUCUGUGGGCCGCAGUUGCGCAGGUACAUACCCUUGCACGCCAAUUCUGCCGAGAGCCGCACGUACCCUCUCCGUGCUCGUUCCCUCCAGCCCAAGGUCCGAAUACCUGCCUUCUACCUGCGUUCGGGUGGCCUUCCAUCCCCUCUCCCACACGGCAUUACAUAAGGCAUCUUCCAUUAAUUAUGCUGGACGAUACGGGCAGCAACCCGACACAGCAAGCCUUCUUUUUCGGUGCCAACUUGCUGGUUCGUAGUUACCCGUCCGGCCGUCCACCCGUCCUCAACCUGGCAAGUCUCUACCGGUAUUCUGACCAUACUACGGAGUACCCUGUCAUCAUCAAGAACGUCAGCUCCAACUUGGACUAUCCGUGUUGUCUAUUCAACCAUUCAUCAAAUUCAACAAUCGAGCUGUCCACCUGGCUUGACACCGCCUCAUGA